AUGUCGGAAAAUUUUGAAUAUUACUCUGCAGCGAUGUUGAGCCGUAUGUCGGAGGAGCAGCGAACAAACUAUUUUGAGCGGCUUGUUGAACAUGUGACUUUCACAGAUGAGGAUGGGAACGAGGACAUAGACGGUAUACACAAUGACGAUGAAGAUUUUUUUGAUGGUGAGUAUGCUUCAGAUAUGGAAUCGGAAAAUAUUUUGGAAGUAGAAAGUGAUCCAGAAGACUCUGAUGACGACGUUGAGGGCGAAGAACCCAGUGAUGUCUCCAACGAAACCGAUUGUUUCAUAGCUCCCGAUGGAACUAAGUGGAGUAAGACUCUUCCGCCAUCUAGUCGUGCGCGUAGCCACAAUAUUUUGAGAGAAGCUGGUGGAACUGUAAAAAGUUCUUUAUCUUCAAAUUCAUUAGAGAUAUUUAAAUCCAUAAUAACAGAAGAAAUGAUCACUAUAAUUAUGAGAGAAACUAAUCGGAAAGCUUUGAAAGCGGUCGAAAAAUUCAAUCUCGAAAAAAAACCGAAAAAGCCAAAGAAUUGGAAAUUGGUUGACCAGACUGAACUAUACGCUUAUAUUGGAAUUUUGCUGGCUGCUGGAGUAAACCAUUCUAACAUGCAGCACUGCACUGAACUGUGGAAACCAGAUUCCUUGCCAAUCUAUAGAGCUGCCAUGUCCAUACAACGGUUCAAAUCUAUAACCAGUUUUAUAAGAUUUGACGAUGAAAGAACUCGUGCUUCACGACAGGAGGAAGAUAAGGCUGCGCCCAUACGUGACCUUUGGACGAUGCUAAAUAAACAAUUGGAGGCAUUAUAUAAGCCAACAGCAAACGUAACUGUUGAUGAACAGUUAUUCCCAUUUAGAGGGCGUACGAAGUUUACACAGUAUAUACCCUCUAAGCCCGCCAAAUAUGGCAUAAAAAUAUUUUGGGCAUGUGAUGCCUCUAAUUCAUAUCCAUUGAAGGGUAUUUUAUACACUGGGAAGGAGCGCAAUCAGCCAAGAGAUGUGAAUCAAG